CAUGCUCCAAGAAGCCACGUGUACGGUGAUCUCACGCCUCGCAUAGGAAUUAAUAUAGGGACGUCUCUCCCUUUGGUUUCACAGUUCUUCGUUGAAAUUGGGCUGUAAAAUGUGAAAGAAACGUGAAGGGAUUUCGAUAGCAACGUCUCUUAGAGUGUGAUUUUUGUCGAAUGGCAUUCAAUCGGAUAUCGAGUUUUCAAGGAAUUUACAAGAAUCUGCACUCGCCGGCAGUGAUUAUCGGCGCAGUUUUCGCCCUAAUUGCUAUUUUCUUAUCUGUUUUGCUGAUACUGCAACAUCUGAGGCAUUACAGUAAUCCUGCGGAACAAAAAUGGAUCAUUGGAGUGCUGUUCAUGGUUCCUGUUUAUGCUGCCGAGUCUGUAAUUUCACUGUGGCAAUCAAGAUUCUCUAUCAUCUGUGAAAUCUUAAGAAAUUGUUACGAAGCGUUUGCAUUGUAUUGCUUUGGACGCUACUUGGUUGCCUGUGUUGGUGGUGAAAGAAGAGUUGUAGAACUGCUAGAAGCUGCAGCAGAGAAACAGCUGAAUGAACAACUGCUCGAAGAGGGAGGAACAAGACAGAAACAUCCACGGAGGCGAUUUCGUGAUUUCUUUUGCCAUCCGACCUUGCUAGGAAAAGACUUGUAUACAAUUAUAAAAUUCGGCAUUGUACAAUAUAUGAUUCUCAAGACAGUAUGCGCCUUCUUAGCAUUGUUGUUGGAACUUGUCGGAGUUUAUGGAGACGGGGAGUUCAAGUGGUACUAUGGGUACCCUUAUAUUGCUGUGGUGAUAAAUUUUAGCCAGAUGUGGGCUUUGUUCUGCCUAGUGCAAUUCUACGAUGUGACUCACGAGCGCCUGCAACCGAUCAGACCAUUGGAGAAAUUCAUAAGCUUCAAGGCCAUUGUGUUUGCUACUUGGUGGCAAGGUGUCGGCAUUGCGAUCAUUUGCUACUUUGGCGUCCUACCUAAGGAGGGAAAGAUCCAAAAUGGGAUUCAGGAUUUCCUUAUUUGCAUCGAAAUGGCUGUUGCAGCUGUAGCCCAUGUCCAUGUUUUCUCGGCAGGACCAUAUCGCUAUCUCCCGAUCUCAGAGUAUGGGAAGGUAACUUCCCAGGAAAUUAAAACUGACGUGACGGUUAAAGCUGAAGACGACAAGGAAAACCAGGCUAUUGUUGAGCAGAAAAAGACUCGCAUGGAAGCGCCCGGGACGAGUAUCACUGAGAGCGUCCACGAUGUUUUUAUUGGCGGUGGUGGACAUGUGGUGAAGGAUGUAGCAUUUACCAUAUCACAGGCAAUAGAACCUGUAGAGAAGGGCGUAAACAAGAUACAGGAAACCUUUCAUCACAUUUCCUUGGGGCCCGAAAAUGAGAAAGAGCCCAAAAUUGAGUUUGAUGAGCACAUUACGGAGAAUGUUGUGGACGGUAAAUGUAGUAUGGUCAGUUCCGAUACAAGAGUUGAAGCUGAAAAUUUGAGGAGAUGAUAAGCGCUGCUGAGCCUUCUCUUCUGGGAGACUUUGCGCAGAUUUGAAGACAAAAGGAGAAAAGAAUAAAUGCUCGGCGCGCAGACUUUGACUAGACCUUUAUGCUGAUA